AUGGCAGAAAUGAAUUGGAAUGGAAUGUGUGAGGUGAUGCCAACAAUUUCUGAAGAUUCAACUGAUAGAAUUAUUCCUGAUUUAACAGAAGAUGAUUCAGGAAAUCAAGAAAGUAAAAUUGAAAAAUUAAUGGUUAAUAUGUUGGAUCAACGAGAUAAAUUAAUGGAACAAUUACAUGAAGCUAAAGGGCAAAUUGAAGAAUUACAUGAAACUGUUCAUGAAACAGAAAAAGAAAAAGAUUCAUUAAGACGUCAAUUAGAUAUGCAUUUACAACAUAUGCCUCCUGACAUUCCUACAUUAACAAAAGAAUUGGCUGUUCUUCGAGAACAAGUUUUAGAAAAAGAUGAAGAAAUAGUUGAAUUAAAAGCUGAAAGAAAUAAUACCAGAUUAUUAUUAGAACAUCUUGAAUGUUUGGUAUCUCGACAUGAAAGGUCUCUUCGAAUGACGGUUAUGAAACGUCAAGCUCAAUCACCUGCUAGUGUUUCAUCAGAGGUAGAAGUAUUAAAAGCUUUAAAAUCAUUAUUUGAACAUCAUAAAGCAUUAGAUGAAAAAGUUAGGGAACGUUUACGUGUUGCAAUGGAAAGAGUAACUACCCUUGAAGAAGAAUUAAGCCUUAAAAAUCAAGAAAAUAUUAAUUUAAAAAGUCAAUUACAAAAGUCCCAAAAUGAGGAAGCAGAAAUUAAACGUGGAUUUUCUAAUGAUGGAAAUAAUAAACAAAAUUCUUCGCAAAUGUAUGAAAAUUCUAUGCUAAAAAUGGAAAUGCAAGAUCAAAUUGAACGUAUGAAAAAUGAUAUGAAUACUGCCAUUAAACAAUCAAAUGAUUUAGCUCAAAGAAAUGCUGAUUUAGAAAAAGAAUUAGCUGAGGCACAAAAACAAUUUUGUAAGAAUGAUGAAUUAACCAAAAAAAUACAAAAUGAUCUCCAAGAACUUCAUGCCCAAAGAGAAGAACAGGAAGCUAAAAUUGUUUCUCUUGAAAAUCGUUUUUUGACAGCUCAAAGAGAAACAUCCUGUUUACGUGAUAUAAAUGAUAAAUUAGAACAACAAUUAGCUAAUAAAGAUGCUACUGUACGAUUAAAUGAAGAAAAAGUACAUAGUUUACAAGAACGUUUAGAACUUGCUGAAAAACAAUUAGCUCAAAGUCUUAAAAAAGCUGAAUCAUUACCAUCUGUUGAAGCGGAACUUCAACAACGUAUGGAAGCAUUAUCAGCAGCUGAGAAAAAACAUUUAUCAGCAGAAGAACGUGUUAGUCGAUUAGAGAAACAAAUAAGUGAACGAUCUUCUGAUUUAGAAAGAUCAGUACAACGUGAAAAAAUGAAUGAAGAACAUAAUCAAAGAUUAUCAAUAACUGUUGAUAAAUUAUUAUCAGAAUCAAAUGAUAGAUUACAAUUACAUUUAAAAGAAAGAAUGCAAGCAUUAGAUGAAAAAAAUAGGUUAACACAAAUGUUAGAAAAUACCAAACGCAUAUGUGAUCAGGCACAAAGAGCAAAAGAAAGAUUAUAUCGUGACAAUGAAAAUUUACGAAAAGAAAUUGAAUCAUUACGUAAUCAACUUUAUUCUAUUAGAACAACACAAUUUUAUAAUAGACUUAAUGGUAAUGGAAUUCAAUAUUUUUCUCCUUCAACAACAACAUCUAUAUAUAAAAAUGAAACAACACCAGAAAAAGGAUAUGUUGAUGAAACAUUUUCUGGUAUAAUGAGAGCAAAAAAAGGUAGAGCACAAGCAUUAGAAUCUGAUCCAUCAAAAAUACAAACAUUAAAUGAAGGUGAUUGGGAUAGAUUACAACAGGCUCAUGUUUUAGCUAAUGUUCAACAAGCAUUUUCUAAUUCAUCUUCUGUUGCUGAUAUAACAGGAAUUAGUACAACGUUACCUCGUACAACAUCAAAAAAUAAUGUAUUUAAAAAGUCACCUAAUAUUGAAUUAUUAGGAAAUGAUACAAUAGAACAGCCAAUUAAACAACAUGAUACUCAAACAUUAGCAGCAAUUUUACAAGAAAGACUUGAUGAAAUAAAUACAGAAAUUCGUAUGAUACAACAAGAAAAAACUAAUGCUGAUAUGGCAGUUGAAAGAUUAGAACAUAAAACAUGGGCUGAAGUAAAUGGUUUACCAAGUGGACGUAAUAUGACAGAUGAAAUGUUAUUAAAUCAAAAUUCAUUACAUUCAACACCAAGAGGAUCACCUCAUCGUAUGUUAAAUAUGCAAAAAUAUAAUACUUUACCUAUAAAUACAACAUAUAAUAGUAAUUUACGAAGAACAUUACCCCAUGAAACAUAUUCAAAUAUGAAUAUAACAAGUAUACCAUUAGAUGAUUUUGAAUUACAAGAUCAUUACAGAAAUUUACAUCAUACUAAUUGUUUUCAACCUAGAGAUGAAUUAUUUAGGAAUGAGGAACAAAAUAUAUCUGGAAGAAAUGUAUCAUCACCAUCAAUGUUUAAUUCAAAUGAUAUGCCAAUAAAUUCAACAGUUCAACAAAAAUUAAAGAAAAAAUCUAUGUCUACAAGUGGUUUUAAAUCACUUGGUAGAAUAUUUAGUUCUAAAAAAUCAAAAAGUCAAAAUUAUUUUAAGGGAUAUACUGAAAGUGGUUCAUAUUCUGAUAGUGAAGCAUCUUCAUUAUAUGAAGAAAAUACUACAUCAAAUAAUCAUUUUGCUUUUUCUUCCGAAAACUCAUUACCAAAUUUAUCUAGUCAUCGAACACCCAGUGUCCCAUCAGAAUUUAAUAGAAGGAAAAGGAAAAAAAAUGAAUUAUUAGAGGAGGCUAUGAAAGCACGAACACCAUUUGCAUUAUGGAAUGGUCCAACAGUUGUUGCAUGGCUUGAAUUAUGGGUGGGAAUGCCAGCAUGGUAUGUAGCAGCAUGUCGUGCUAAUGUUAAAAGUGGUGCAAUUAUGUCUGCAUUAUCAGAUCAAGAAAUUCAAAGAGAAAUUGGUAUUAGUAAUCCAUUACAUAGAUUAAAAUUAAGAUUAGCUAUACAAGAAAUGGUCGCAUUAACAUCACCAUCAGCACCAAAAAAUACUAGAACAAGUUUAGCUUUUGGUGAAAUGAAUCAUGAAUGGAUUGGUAAUGAAUGGCUUCCAAUGCUUGGUUUAAGUAAAUAUAGAGGUGCAUUUAUGGAAUGUCUUCUUGAUGCAAGAAUGUUAGAACAUCUUUCUAAACGUGAUUUACGUGUUCAUUUAAAAAUGGUUGAUAGUUUUCAUCGUACAAGUCUACAAUAUGGUAUUAUAUGUCUUAAAAAAAUAAAUUAUGAGAGAAAAAUAUUAUAUGAUAGGCAGAAGGCUUGUGAAAAUGUAAAUAAAGAUGUUAUGGUAUGGUCAAAUGAAAGAAUAAUGAGAUGGAUAGAAGAGAUUGGUUUAGGUUGUUAUUCUAAUAAUCUUCGUGAUACUGGUGUUCAUGGAGCAUUAAUUGCAUUAGAUGAGACAUUUGAUGUACAAUCACUUGUCCUUGCAUUACAAAUAUCACCACAAGAUGAACAUUCAAGGCAAAUAUUAGAACAUGAAUUUAAUAAAUUAAUAAUGGAAUUUAGACCAUCACAAUUUAGAAAAGGUGAUAAAAUACAUGAUUCUAAUGCGGGAAACAAUCAAACUUCAGGGAUGGUAUUAAAUAACAAGCAUAUAUAA